CGCACGCCCCCUACGAUCAGCCGGCCAUAAUGGCGAGUCCACAGCCCAGCAACAACAACGCCAACAGCACAAGCAACAAUCAAAAUAACGGUCAAAGUGGCAAUAUAAGUGGCAAUAGUACAAGUAGGCCACCUGAGGGUGAACAGCAUAGUGUUGCAAUAUUAACAACAACAAACAGCACAAAUAAUUGCAAACACAAUUGCAACAACGUCAACGCCGAAGAACACUUGGCGGAGGUGCUGGUUAUGCCGGUGAAUGACACAAAAGCGAUUACAGCAACAACAACAGCAGCAGUUAUAGAAAGACCAACUGUGGCGGAGGCCACUAAGAGCCGCGCCAACACAACUGAUGAGAGCCAUGAAGCCGGCAUAAACAGCUGGAACUGUGGCAAUGCGGCAAAUGCGGCAACAACUGCAAGCGAGGCCAACACAAUGGUCGGGGUACGAAGUACGGCUGCCACUGCACCAAUUGCGCAAGAGGAAGACGACGCCGAGGAGGUUUGGUAUUCCGGGGAGGAGGAUGGUGACCCCGAUGUGGAGUUGGCAGAAAAACAACGGGAAAGUUGCUGCUGUUUGGUCAAUGACAACGAACAGUGUUGCCAAGUCGAUAUCGAUUUGAAUAUUAAUUCAGUUACAACAACAACAGUGGCGACAACAGAGAAACCAAUGCAGCGCAGCAAAUCGCGCGUGCGUACAUACUUGAAGCGGUGCAAGGAUCGGCUGACGGGUCAGCAUCAACAGGCGGUCGCAAAUACAACGAAUUCUACAGCAGCAACAACAACAACCGUCAGCAAAACGUAUGUGCAAGAUGAAAAGUGCCAAGAAUCGAUUGGCGUUGUGGUGUCGAGUACAGCGCGCAGCCCAAGCACCCAGCAAUUCUCCGCUCUCGAAGAAAAAAAGGAUGAAGAAAAGGAGGCAGAGGGGGCGUAUGAGGAAGUUGAGAAUAAGGCGUGUACCACUACAUUAAUUGCCACAACCGACCGACAGGGCGGCGCAGUAGCGCACACGCUAUUUUCACCAAUUGCGAUGGUCGUGGAGGAAGAGCGCACGGCGGGAGAGGAGGCGUCAUUGGGGCCAGACAAAGAAGCGCACUUAACAAGCGAACAAUCGGUGUUGGCUUACGAUGAUAUUGACUUCAGUUCGCCGUCACCGUCAGUGUUGAUGGACAGCGGUAGUUCGAAUGUCAGUGCUGACCAGCAACAACAACAACAUCCGACACUGUUGACCUCUGCUAAGCACAAGCGCGACGCCCUCACUUUGGCGGCCGCUGAAGUUGAAGUCCAAGUUGAUGACUCGGCUGAUUUAACUGUCGAACAAGAGACAAGACAGAUGCAACAAAAAUGUCAACAACAGAUACAAAGUGACAGCCUGCAAACUGGCAAGCUAAAGUGCUCAACCGUUGCCGCUGAUGGCGGUAGAAGAAAAUUGCUACAACAACAAACACAGCAACAACAGUCGCUCAUGAAUAUCAGCAGCAGCUGUCCGCCACUUGUCAAGGAGGAACAAUUAGCUUGCGCUAUACAUAUGGACUCGGGCACCGCUGCGCUGAUUGACAAACACCUCGCCGCCAUUUAUCCUGUCUAUAAGGCGUGUACACGCUCGAUUCUAAUUCGGCAAGCCCGCGAUUUACUCGUCUGUUCCUAUCUCGGCUGCUUGCAGUCGUUCGAAAUGGAAUUCCUAUGCAAAUUUGCCGAAAUUGCUGCUGAGCUGCGGCAACGGCAUGCCGUCGGUGUGGUGAGUAAUCUACUCGAUAUGUGUUUGGGAUUCUGACCUAAGCGCAACACUAAAGUUAAAUAAUUGACAUAACAGCUGUUGUGAUUGGGUAAUCUGGCCAAAAUAGACAGUAAUUGGUAUGUGUAGGAAUCUUAUAGACAGUAAUAUACUCGAAAAGUUGUAUAUUAAAUUGAUAUUGUAUAAUUUUUGGUUUUCAGCACCAAGAUUUUAGAAAUUAGUGAACAUUAAGUUAGAGUAAAAGCUCGAGUCAUUAUAAAAAUUGUGAUAACGCUAGUUAAACCAAAGGGAAGUAAGAAAAUUUUGUAGAACAUAUAUAAAUGAGAAAAACUAUAUUAAUAAAGUAAGGAAGUGCUUAAUUCGAGCGAGACCAAAACUGAAAGCUUUUAAGAAUUUGUGUAUGAAAAUAUUCUCUAAAAUGCAUUAAUGCGGUAAUAAUGUUAUCAAUUAAGGGGUUAGGUGUUG